GCUAAACACCAUUGAGCAACCCACACCAAUUACAACAUGCCCUACAUCACGGAAGGAGAGCCCAGACCUAUCGGUUCAUAUCCGGACUCAGGCAUCGAUGUUCUUAUUGUGGGAACCGGCCUGGCCGGCCUGACGGCAGCAAUUGAGUGCCGUCGCAAGGGUCACAAGGUCCGUAUCCUGGAGAAAUGCCCGGACAUCAACACCCAAGGCGACAUGUACUUCAUGGGUCUGUCUGCCACCAAGUUUUUCAAGCACUGGCCUGAGAUGGCUGAGGAGUUUGACGGGAUAUCUCUCCACAAUGCCUGGAUUGAGACCUACAAGCACGAGGGAGAAUUGGUGAUCCCUCCCAUCAGGGUGGCUGAACGACUCCGGGAGGCUGGACUUGAUCCUGACACUCCUCCUGGGCUCUUUCAAAUGCGUCCGCUUGUUUACCGGAUGUAUAUUCGUCAGGUGGAGCGACUUGGAAUCCCCAUUACCUUCAACAAGAAAGUUGUCGACUAUUGGGAGGACGUGCAAGCCAGAAAGGGCGGAGUCGUUACUGAGGACGGCGACAGAUACGAAGCGGAUGUAGUGAUUGCGGCCGAUGGUGUCGGGUCAAAGGCGCAAAAGCUGGUCGGAGGUCAGGUUAGGGCCAUGAAGUCCGGCAGAGCCAUGUGGCGCGCGGCGUUUGACAUCAGGUAUCUCGACCAGAACCCCGAGAUCAAGGAGUUCUUCAGUAUGCAUACUCCGGAGGGCGGUGGAAAGCCGGAGCCCAUCGUCCGUACUUGGCUUGGACCGGGAACCUAUGCCAUGAGUCUUACUCGCCCAGACACCAUUAUCUGGAUCAUGAACCACGACGUUACGGGUUCCGAGAAAGAGUCUUGGACGCAUACGGUCGAGGCAGACGACGUGUUGAAGAACAUGGACAACAAACUCACCAAGCCAUGGGCGGCCGAACUCAAGGAGUUGAUCAAGCUUACUCCGCCCAAGACCAUUAUCAACUUUGAGCUCUUCUGGCGCAAUCCUCAGCCCAAGUGGGCAUCUCAGGGUGGUCGUGUUAUCAACAUUGGUGACGCCGCCCACUCGUUCUUGCCAGCUUCGGGAAAUGGGGCAACCCAAGCAAUCGAAGAUGCCGUCAGCCUGGCGGCGUGUCUCCAGAUUGGUGGAAAGGAGAACGUAGCACAGUCGGUGCGUGCCCAUGUUCGGAUGCGCUUCAUUCGCAACGCGUGCGCUCAGAAGCUGGGCUUCAGCAACGCCGAACUGUUGCAGGACACCGACUGGAACAAAACGAGAGUGGAUUCUCGCCACGCCCAGCCCAGGAUGCCCAAAUGGGUCUGGCAGCACGAUCCGGAGAAGUAUGCGUACGAGGUUUACGACCGCGUGGUGGAUAGCAUGAAGAAGGGCAUUCCGUUCGAUAAGGACUUCGACAUGCCGCCUAACUACCCGCCCGGGUACAAGUACGAGCCGUGGAAGAUCGAAGACAUCAGGGACGCCUUGCGCGCGGGAAGGAAGGUCGAGCUGGGUUCUGGAGAUUGGAGUUGAGUCAGUCGAGGGUCAUCAUCACCAUGUAGGGCAUUACUCUCGUUACUAGGACCACCAACGGGUGAUCAUCUGAUACAUACGUACUUGGCUUAGAUUGGAAUGUUAUC